AGACUUUCACCAGUGCAACUUUCACAUCGUGUACGUAAGAACAACUCGACGCCUUAAGCAAAGUGUUGAAUUCAAAAGAGCUGAGGGGCAUCGGUGUUCAUUGUUCAGGUUUGCAUGCGGCAGUGACAUAGAAGAAACUGGAGGAUACAGGUGUCGUGCAGGUGAGUUGGCCCAUUCAUUUUAAUCUGCGGAAAUGCAAAAAAUAUCGUUCUUUGUUAUUUCAACAGGAUACCGCUUAUUUGGCAGUUCCGCUCUUUUCGCUUACGAAAUUCAAGUACAAAAGUUUUAGGAUUCGCGUGAGCAUAACAAUGAGAAAAUAAAUAAUACAAAAAAAGUCGGCCAACUAGCCACACAUUCUCCCCUCAUCCUGUACGCGUAUUGUUACUGUUAGUUAUUUGGACGGUAGCUUUCUGCUUUUCUUUCCAGCGUGUAGUAGUUCAGUGACUGUGUUCUGGUUAUGUUGUGCAUAAUGUGGUCUGCGAGUUCUUCAAGUGCGACGUGUUGCUCCUUUCUUAUUCUAGCCCUCAUUACGUUUACAGUCAAUGGUCAAAACAAUCAAACGUUGUCCAGCAUUGAAACUAGCCCAUGGCAACUGGUCGCUGAUCCUCCAAAGCUCGAAAGGAUCACCGAAAGGUCUCCGUAUACUAUCAAUUUAACUUUGACGUAUAACGGAGAACACGGUGAUUCAUCCCCGAAAUACGUUACAUCACCGCAAGCUUUCCGGUUCGUCGUGAAAGUCUUGAUGUCCAAUCGUCAGACAGUGGCAUUCAGUAAGAAACAGGAAAUCGAGUUCGAAUGGGACGACAUUGUGGACGCUAAUGUCAGCAGCAAAACCCUCGAAAUCACUGGACAAGUCAUUGGCUAUGUCAGCCUCGACUUUGUCCUGGACAUCUUACCAGCCAAGCCCCUCCAACGAAAUGAUACUAUUGCUUUCGAGUCUGUUCCUGUUCUCUCUGGCUAUUUAGUGACAGUGGUACGAGCCAGUGAUACGCUGGAUACCGUUUUCACCAUAAUCAUGGUUAUCAUGGCGGCGCUCAACUUGAUAAACAUGGGUUGCGCACUUGACAUGGCCAUCGUGAAGCAAAGUAUUAUCCGUCCAGUUGGAGUAAUAGUUGGAUUCAUUUCUCAAUUUACCUUUAUGCCACUGGUUGCAUUUGGUGUAGCCAUGCUGAUAAUACCGGACUCCCUCAUGGGUUUCGGACUGUUGGUGAUUGGAGUUUGCCCUGGUGGCAUAGCCUCUAAUUUCUGGACGUUGCUUCUAGAUGGUGAUGUCAAUCUCAGCAUCACCAUGACGUUUGUUUCAUCCCUCGCCGCCAUGGGAAUGAUGCCAUUGUGGUUGUGGUUGCUGUCUGGAUUUUUUUUACCGGAAGGCUCGUCCGUUCAAGUGCCUUAUGUCAACAUGGCCAUUUCUUUAAUUCUGUUGACAUUCCCGUUAGGAAUAGGAAUUUUAAUUCGUCGCUUCAAAUUGCCACUUGCCGAAUUUCUUACUGGCAAAAUUCUCAAAAAAUUCUCGAUUUUCUUUAUCAUUUUCAUCUUCGCGUUGGGCUUCUACAGUAUGUCGCACAUCUUCAUUCUUAUGGACUGGAUCUUACUGGCAGCAGGGCUGGCAGUAACAGUGUCAGGUUUCCUAUUUGGCGCCAUUUUCGCCUGGAUUACGCGCCUCAAUCGUCCCCAGAUUAUAGCUGUUUCCUUAGAAACAGCUAUGCAAAAUGCUAAUAUCGCUUUCGUCCUACUGAAGACAACACUUCCGACGCCAUACAGCGAUAUUGCUGCUCUACCAGCCAUUGCCCAGAUCAUCAUGACGACUUCCAUUUUGUUCAUUUUCUUAGGUAUUAACUUUUCGUACAAGUGCUAUCAGAAAAACUGUACGGAAAAAGAGAAAGUAAAGGAGGAAAUAGAAACAAUAAGUUCCAGUGGGUAUCGUAACAAAGGAUAUUGUGCUGACCAUGACACUACAGUCGUCAAUCCACUUUAAUCUAACCAUUUUGAAUUGUAAAUAAAAAUAACCAAAACCUGUACUCUACGUGUUCGUCACAUUGUGAUUCUAAGACGCAAUACACUGAUGCCGCAUUGUUAUAAUA